CCGGAUACAGCCGGAUGAACUUGUUUGUUAGAGUUGUGAUAUUGGCGUGACGUUUAUGCUGAUUUAGUGAAUAUUUCCUCACACUGUUGCUGUAGGAAGCACUGUCAACAAAGUUUAAGUCAUCAUCGACUUAAGUAGAAUGGAUUUCGGUCGUGAGCAUCAAGAUCAGGGGCCUGGUUUUGUAGGCAUCAAAUUUUGCCAAGAGUGUAACAACAUGCUUUACCCCAAAGAAGACAAAGAAAAUAGAGUGUUACUUUAUGCGUGUCGUAAUUGUGACUACCAACAAGAGGCUGAUAAUACUUGUAUAUAUGUGAACAAAAUCCAGCAUGAAGUCGAUGAGUUAACACAGAUUGUAGCUGAUGUCAUAGCCGAUCCCACUCUUCCGAGAACAGAGGACCAUCCAUGUCCAAGGUGUGGUCAUAGAGAGGCAGUGUUUUUCCAGUCACAGUCUGCCAGGGCUGAUGAGGGUAUGCGACUUUACUAUGUGUGCGGUGCUUCUAGCUGUGCACAUCGAUGGACUGAGUAGGGGGAGUGCACUGCAUUUUACAACAUAUUGUACUGCCACUAUUGGACUAUUUACUGUGAUGACUUCUAGGGAAGAAUUGAGUGAAGCUCAUAUUAAUUUCAAUCUUGUUGGAAAACUACCAUGUGAUCUCUCUGGGAGUGCUUACAUUGCAUGCAUAGAAACGGCAACAUAAAAUGUGUUCUCCAGAAAUUAAAUGGCUGAAAAUGAGAAUGCAAAGUCAUUUUUUCAUGUGCACUUUUUAUACUCUGAAUCAAGUCGACUGCUAUUCAUUUUGUUGGGAUAAUUCUUUAAUUUUAC